AUCUGCCUACUGCGCAGCUGUAAGCACGACCCCCUCAUUAUUGCUACUGAUGCUAAGCUAAAACGGUUGGCAGCGUUUUCUGCAACAUGUCACAGAAAAGGACGUGCUAUUUUGGAUGCCAGAAUAUCGCCUCUCUACAUAGCUUCCCCAAGGAACCUGGAUUGAGGCGACAAUGGGAACACUUUAUUUCUCCGUUUGGUAAAACUAAAACUCCUGGGUCGCUGUACCUGUGUUCGCGUCACUUUAAGGACUCAAGUUUCGUCAACAAAAAGCAGUUCGACGCUGGAUUCUGUCAGCGACUCGUAGUGAAGCGGAACGCUGUGCCGACUUUAUACGGACCGAAUAGGGAAGCCACAUCUGAGGCGAGUACUUCGCAGGAUGGUGUGGAAUAUAACCACGAGCUGGGUUACAAAAUCUCACAUAGGCGGCAGUUCAAGCCACGCACGGUGUCAAUCGGAAUACAGGUUGACAUGUCGCUUUCUACAAGUACAACUUUGCCACUGAAGACCUGUAAAACUGAGCAGGACCAUAUGAGAAGUCAAGUGUCACAGGCUUGUGUUGGCACGGAGGACAGGCUGGACACAGAGCCUGAGUGCCAUGGACAAGAGUUCCACUCUGCAAAGAGACCACGCCUGGAGAUAAAAAAGGAGGAGGAGGAUAGCUACGAACAUGACAGCAAAUCUUUUGUGCUGCAACAUGAGUCGACACACAAGCCUGGAGAGUCAGUGAUGGAGCAUUUCCAACUGAGUGACUGCGGGAUGGGCUCGCCAACACAUUACAACGACAGGAAAUACAUUGUUUUCGAGAGGUGUUUGAGAGCGCUCUUCCAGACCUGCCCUGUGUGUCAGCGUGACUGUGAAGUUGACCAACUGCGAAAGGGGACAUUUGUAGCAUUCAAACAACUUUGCCCAAACUGUCAGUUCUGUAGGAAUUGGCAGAGUCAGCCACUGACCAGACAAACGCCGGUGGGCGACAUCAUGAUGUCAGCAGCCGUUUAUUUUACUGGUGGAUCGUACACCCAGGUAGACAAGACAAUGAAAGCUAUGAAUAUACAGACCCUUCAGACCGAUGAGUUCAGACAGCAUACACGGAACUAUCUGGAACCUGCCAUCGUCCACAAAUGGAAAACACAGCAGCGAACACUCACAGAGCAACUUCAAAAAGAAGGCAAAGUUCCUAUUGGUGGAGACAUGAGAGCGGACUCCCCAGGUGAUGACAAAACCAUCCUUCAUGGUUGUAGUCAAGCAAGAGUGAUGAAAUGUGUCAUGUGUACAGGACACACAUUUGGCAGCUACACAGUCAUGCACCUGGAUAGCAACCAAAUAAUUGAUGUUCAGCUGGUUCAGAGAAAUGAGGUUGGAGGAAAUGUGAACAUGGAGAUGGAGGGACUGAGAAGGUGCUUGAACUACCUGACCAAAAACAAAAUCACCGUGGAGCACAUGGUGACCAAUCGGCAUACACAAGUUCAAAAAUAUGUGAGGGACAACGACAUAGAGCAGUACAAUGAUGUCUGGCACCUGGUGAAGGGUUUGUCCAAGAAGCUGGAGAAACUGGCAAAAUCCAAAGAAUGCCAGGUGGUUCGCAAGUGGUUGCCAGCAAUAAAAAAUCACAUGUUCUGGACGGCUGUGACAUCGGAGACAGGACCAGAGAAGGUGGCCAAGUGGAAGUCGCUGCUGAACCACAUACAGAACAUUCAUACACAUGAUGACCCACUGUUCCCCAAAUGUGCCCAUCCCGAGCGAGCCACAACAGACCCUAACAAAUGGUUUAAGCCAGGUUCCAAGUCCACUUGCCAAGUUAAAAAGCUUCUGUUAAACAAAAAGGUCCUGGAGGAUGUGGAGAGACUCAGCAGUAAACAUCAGACCUCGGCACUGGAGUCUUUCCAUCAACUGAGACUAAGGUUUGCGCCAAAGAACGCUGUCUUCUCCUACACUGGAAUGCUCUGCAGGCUGUACCUGGCUGCGCUGCAUUAUAAUGAGAACGUGGUGCGGAAUCAGGCCUCCACUCAACAGGACACAGCGAGAUACAGAGUGUCUUUCUCAAAGCACAGGAAAGGAACUGUCAAGGCCCUGAAGGAAGCACCAACGUAUGAUUAUGCAUCAGAUCUGAUGAAACUCGUGUUUGAAGAAGUUCUCCUGGAGCCACAUAAAUUCAUGUCUGAGCUGAAAGAACUGAACAUCACAGAUACCCAAAGUGCACAACUGGACAGUUUGUUCAAAGAGGAGCCUGUUGACAGACUUGUAUCCCAGUUCAGUGGAGAGUUGGAAAGAACUCAUCAGACUGACGACACUGAAUGGGAAGUUCCUCGUGUCUAAGAAAUGCCAUACAACACCCGCAAAUAAAGCUGCAAAAACCCUGUCCCAUUUGAAAGACAGACAUGGUGUCUAAUGGCUUUGCAAGUCAUUUGUUUGCCAUAAACUGUACAUCGAAGACCCACAUCGUCGCUCCUGAAGAGCUUGUGCGUGUUUCAGGGUGUAUACAGAUUCAUACAGUUUGGUUCAAACCCUGGCUACAGUUGGGUGGCUCUGGAACCUGGUAAAGCCGCCUCAGUUUUUAAACUGUUAUACAUUACUGUAUUAAUGACAUUAAAUUUAUGCAACGAAAUGACACUACAUUGAUUUUCUCUC